AUGUCACCUGGCCUGCCCCCAGAGGCCGACGGCGCUGCUGGCGCCGCCGCGCAGCCGGUCCAGGCAGCGCCGUCAGAAGCGGCCGGUGCGGCCGCGUUCCGGAGGGUCCACCCGCUGCACUACCACCAGGCAUUUUUGGCGCAGGGUGUCCGCCCGGACGGGCGAGGGCUGCUGCGCGGCCGCCGCGCCGCCGCGAGCGCGGCCGUCGUGAGCAGCGCCGACGGCUCGGCGAUGGCGAAGCUCGGGCAGACGACCGUCCUCGCGGGCGUGCAGGCGGUCCCCACGCUUCCGUCAGAGGCGGAGCCGGGCGAGGGUAGGGUGGUGGUCACGCUCGACCAGCCUCUCGCCGGCGGAGAGCGAGGCGGGCAGGCGCGGCAGGAGCGGGAGCAGAGCGCGCUGUCGGAGCUGUUGCAGCGCAGCGCCGCUGGGAUGGCCGACGGCAACCUGACGGAUGCUUGCUUGCUGGCGAUGCUGGUUGCUCUGUCGGACACGGCUUUGCCAGCGGUGCGAUUCUCGACGGGGGAGGGGGAGGGCGAGGACGGCACAGCCAGGGCGGAGGAGGAGGCGCUGCUGUCGACGUCCUUCACGCUCCUCCUCGACAGCGACGGCGCCUUCCGUGGACUGCACAAGCCGGGAGGGGCGCCGCUGGACGAGGCGACAACGCGGGAGAGCCUCGCCGCGGCGCGCAAGCGGCUGCCGGCGCUGGUGGCCGCGUCAAGCGCCAAGCGUGCGGGGCUCCGCUUUUGA